AUGAGUGGUUUACGCAAUACUAUGAAGGGUGGCUGGCACCCUCAAGGCAAGGAAGGUGGAAAGGAGAGCUGGCGUGGCGAUUUCAAAGGCAUCAACCAAGUGGCUGGGUGGAUGGGAAAGGGCAAGGAAAGGGGAAUCAGGAGCCAAGUGGCAGGCUGGAUGGGAAAGGGCAAUGAAUCCAACUCCAACCGCUCUGACCAUGUCUCACAACCAUUGUCGUCCCUCAAAGACCCAUCUUCCUUUGGACCCCCUCCCAAACACAUCAAUUACCAUGGAGCAGCCGCGGUGCCAAAUCAGACAACCCCCGACCGUCGGGGUUUAGGAGCUCCACUGUCCCAGGAGCAGCUUAACGCCCAAAGUUCCCACCAACAGCAAGUAGCCGAAGCAGAGGAGGAAGAGGUCCCAAAGCCCGCCCCGCCUCCGGUCCCGUAUCGCGUCGACACAAGCGGCCUGUCUACAGACCAUCUCCCUCCACCACCAGUGCGGCGACUAGACUCAGCAGGUUCCGCCUCAACAAGCUCGAUCUCAAAGUCAAAGCCGCCAAAGCCUCCGCCACGACUUCCUGCCCGUAAUGGAUCCCCUAGCUCCGACCCGCCCCCCGCUUAUUCCACCGCACCGGUACUUUCCCACGAUUAUAUCAAUCAAGAUGCUACUUCCCGCCUAGCAAACGCUGGCAUCUCGGUUCCUGGGUUUGGGAUUGGCCAGCAGAAAUCGACGUCACCUGCACAUACGCCUGUCAAUGAGCUGCAGUCCCGCUUCUCCCAAAUGAAUACCUCGGGGUCUCCAUCGGCAUCCACCCCGCCUGCUCAGGCCUCGACGAACGCGAGCACGUCUUCUCUCCAGAACUUCCGCGAGCGCCAUGCAGGCUCGAUUGAUUCCGGAAAGCAGAAAUACGGUGACUUCCGCGAGCGUCAUGCAGAUACCAUCGACUCGGGAAAGCAGAAGUAUGGUGAUUUCCGCGAGCGUCAUGCAGAUACCAUCGACUCGGGAAAGCAGAAAUACGGUGAUUUCCGUGAGCGUCACGCGGACUCAAUCGAUUCAGGCAAACAGAAGUUGAGUGGCUACGCGUCGCGGUUCACUGGCUCUUCUCCAGCAGCGUCUUCUCCAGCAGCGUCUUCUCCAGCAGCGCCUAGUCCCCCGGCCCGGCCCGCGUCGAAUACUUCCAGUAUGAACUUGGAACCGGCGGAGCCCGCACGGGGCACAUCCUCUGUGCAAGAUUUCCGUGAACGCCAUGCGGACAAGAUCGAGAUGGGCAAAGAGAAGUGGGGUGGAGUCACAUCGCGUUUCAACACAUUUGUGGAGGACCGCAAGUUCUCCGCCGAUGCCAACAAACGGAUCCCACGCCCACCCCCACCUUCUCGGCCUAUCUCCAUGGGCCAGUCAAACUCUCCAACGGUGUCACCCGCAGAUCCCGAUCUUCAGACUCAAGCCCAACGCAAGAAGGCCCCCCCCGCCACCUCCGCCCAAGCGAGCUGA